CCCCUCCUCUCUCACUCUCGCUUUAACUGUGUCUAGCAGGCAGACUUGAAGAGAGAAAAUCACAGAAAGUGACUGUUUUAGAGAGAGAGAGAGAGAAUAUAACUGAGAUUCACACUCACACACAGAUUUCGUAUGCCAUUAAUGCCUCUCAGUAAGAAAGUGUGAGUACGCCAGACGUAAUUGCUUUUUCACGGAUUUUUCUCCUAAAAAACAUUCAACGUCACUCCCCCUUCAAACUGAUCCUUCCUCUUCACUGUUCCUCCUUCGUUUUCUCAUUCUUGAAAGAGAGAGAGAGAAAUGGACCUUAGUACGUUGACGCAGGAGAUCUUCUCAAAGCUCGAGCAGAAAUGGCUCUGCAACGGCGAGGACAAGAAGACGCGAAUCCUCAGCAUCGACGGCGGCGGAACCACUGGCAUUGUCGCCAGCACCGCCUUGGUACACCUCGAGGACCAGAUCCGCGCGAAAACCGGGGACUCUAACUCCCGCAUCGUCGACUUCUUCGACAUCGUCGCCGGUACCGGAGUCGGCGCUCUCCUCGCCGCAAUGCUCGCCGCCGACGACGGAAACGGCCGGCCUCUCUUCACCGCUAGAGACGCCGUCAAGUUCCUCACUGUGAAGCAAUCCGACUUGUACAAGCCCGUAACCGUCGGUAUUUUUCGCCGCAAAAAGAGGUUUUCUGGCAAGAGUAUCGAUAACACGUUGAAGGACGCGCUGAGGAGAGAUGACGGCAAGCCGUUAACGUUGAAGGACACGUGUAAGCCUCUCCUUAUCCCCUGCUUCGACCUGAAAAGCUCUGCGCCGUUCGUUUUCUCCCGAGCCGACGCGUCCGGGUCACCGAGUUACGAUUUCGACCUCUGGAAGGUCUGUCGUGCAGCGUUGGCGACGCCGUCCAUGUUCAAGCCGUUUAAUCUGAGUUCUGUCGACGGAAAAACCUCGUGCUCCGCGUUUGACGGCGGGUUAGUUAUGAACAACCCCGCAGCAGCCGCCGUCACUCACGUUCUGCACAACAAACGUGAUUUCCCCUCCGUUAAUGGCGUCGAAGACCUGUUAGUCCUGUCUUUAGGUAACGGUCCGUUAUGCAACCGCUCUCAGUUCGAAGCCCGUCGUAACGGCGACUGCUCAACGGCUUCCGUUGUGAAUAUUGUUCUCGACGGUGUGUCUGAAACCAUCGACCAAAUGCUUGGGAACGCUUUUUGUUGGAAUCGCGCAGAUUACGUCAGGAUUCAAGCAACUGGCACGGGAGGCGCGGAGCCGAUGAUGAUGGAGAAGGUGCUGAACCAGAGAGGGGUGGAGUCACUGCCGUUUGGCGGGAAGCGGUUGAUGACGGAGACAAACGGGCAGCGGAUCGAGAGGCUCGCGCAACGGCUCGUUGCAUCGGGAAAGAGUACGAGCCUGCCACCGAGCCCGUGCAAGGAGACGGCAGUUACUACGCAACUCCCUAACGGCUGUUAGUCAACUCCCUAACGGCUGUUAGGUUUUUGUACUUUUUUUUUUUUGUAGUUUAACCGUUGUUGUUUGUUCUGUUAGAAGUCAGAAGAACCUUCCUCGGGUUCAUUAUUAAAAGUCUCCUGUCCCAAUUUUAAGUACUAUAAUUAAGGCUUUUUAGCGUUUAGCAUUUCGUGUAAUUUUAAGUGUUGAGUAUUGUACUCUUUUAUCCAUGACUUAAUUAAGGCUUUUUUCUUUUUUCA